GGAAAGCUAACAUAUGGAUAUGAAUCGAGUUUCGUACGUGGAUUACAUUUGUGGCUGGAAUCGUUAUACUAUGAAGAUAUUGGGGAUAUGGCCGAAGAAAAGAAAAAUCAAUGAAACAUCGAGUUACUUGGUCCUUCUACCACUUAGCAUGAUGUUACUGUUCAUUACAAUACCACAAACGGUUAAUCUCUACUUCAUAUGGGGUGAUAUCGACUUGAUCAUCGAAAACUUGUCUAUAGGAAAUUUAUCUAUCUUAAUUGCGGCAUUGAAGACAACUAUCUUUUGGUUCAAUGGAGAAUUUCGUUAUAUCGGCCAUAUUCUCAUAAUACGCUCUUAUUUCCCAUACAACAUUCAAUCCACACCGAAUUACGAGCUAACAGUUCUUGCUCAAACAUUGGCUACAUACUGCGCAGCCGGAGUUUACACAUCGGUUGAUACUUUCGUCGUUACUUUGGUGUUCCAUGUAUGUGGACAACUUAAAAAUUUGAAACAACGUUUGCGCGAUUUGUGUUGUGAAAAAGACAAUGAAGAUUUUUUCAUUAAAAUUGGUCAAAUCGUUGAGAAGCACGAUUCAUUGAGCAGAUUCGUCAAUACGAUCGAAAAUAAUUUCAAUGACAUGUUUCUAUUGCAAAUGGUCGGCUGUACGGUGCAACUAUGCGUUAUGUGUUUCCUGGUCCUUUUGACUCUUGGAAGAAAGGAUAGUAUAAUCUUAAUUCAAAUAGUAUUCCUCAUGUUAUGCGUAACAUACAUUUUGCUUCAAAUCUAUUUGUAUUGUUACAUUGGUGAGGAACUUAUUUCAGAGAGCAUAGGAAUUAUGGACGCUGUCUACGAAUGUAAUUGGUAUGAUUUAUCAUCUAAUAAAGCUAGAUCACUUAUUAUGAUCAUGAUCCGAGCAAAAGUACCAUUUUUCAUAACUGCAGGAAAAUUUUAUUCUUUCAGUCAUAAACUUUUUUGCAACAUUUUGAGAACGUCGAUGAGUUAUUUGUCAGUACUCCAUGCUAUGAACAUCGUAAGUACGGAAUAA